AUGUUAUCGUUCCUAUCAAUGAUAUUAUCAUCCGGUACAGUAUUACGAACGGAUACUGAAGGAUGGACAUCAAAAACAUAUCCGGAUCCACGCUUAAAUUUCUCACAAUGUCACACAUGGCCUGAAUCAGCACUUUGUGAUCCUGAUCAUAUUCUCACUGAUCAGUGGAGAUUAGAUAUAAACAACAAUAUUAAUUUACAAAUUAGCCGUAUAUUUUAUGUCUAA